UUUUCUGCCUCGCAGGGCUGUGCUGCGCCCUCCCUUUGGUGAUGCUCCUGAGUCUAAGUGUGAGCCCCGGAGUUCCCAGCACAGUGAAUCCAUGCUGCUAUUUUCCAUGUCAACAUAAAGGCAUAUGUGUCCAGGUUGGCAUGGAAGGGUAUGAAUGCGACUGCACCCGGACCGGCUAUUUUGGCACGAACUGCACUUUGCCGGAGUUCUGGACGAGGUUGCACCGUGCCCUGAAACCAAGCCCCAGUUUCUAUCACUUCAUCCUGACCCACUUCCAAUGGUUUUGGAACAUCAUCAACAACACAUUUAUUCGGGACACGCUGAUGCGGUUGGUGCUGACAAUCCGUGCCAAUCUCAUUCCCAGCCCACCCACCUACAAUUCUGCCUAUGGAUACAUCAGUUGGGAAGCCUAUGCCAACGUCAGUUACUUCACUCGUGUCCUCCCACCAGUGCCCAGCGACUGCCCCACUCCUAUGGGAGCCAAAGGGCCAGUGCAGCUUCCUGAUGCAGAGCUGGUAGCGGAGCAGUUUUUCCUGCGCAGGACAUUCCAGCCUGACCCUCUGGGGACAAACUUGAUGUUUGCUUUCUUUGCCCAGCACUUCACGCACCAGUUCUUCAAGACAUCAGGCAAAAUGGGUCAUGGUUUCACCCGGGCUCUGGGACAUGGGGUGGAUCUUGGGCACAUCUAUGGGGACAAUUUGGAGCGCCAGCACAAACUCAGACUCUUCCAGGAUGGGAAGCUGAAGUACCAGAUGGUUAACGGGGAGAUGUAUCCACCUACAGUGAUGGAAGCUCCAGUGCACAUGAUCUAUCCAAAGCACAUCCCCCCAGAGAAGCAGCUUGCUGUGGGCCAAGAGGUCUUUGGCCUACUCCCGGGCCUCAUGAUGUAUGCCACCAUCUGGCUGCGGGAGCACAACCGUGUCUGUGACAUACUGAAGAAGGAACACCCAACCUGGGAUGAUGAGCAGCUGUUCCAGACCACAAGGCUUAUCCUCAUUGGUGAGACCAUCAAAAUUGUAAUUGAAGACUAUGUCCAACAUCUCAGUAACUACUACUUACGUCUGAAAUUCGAUCCAGAGCUCCUUUUUGGGGUGCAGUUCCAAUAUCGGAACCGAAUUGCUGUGGAAUUCAACCAGCUCUACCAUUGGCACCCACUGAUGCCAGACAGCUUUAUCAUCAAGAACAAGAAGUAUGGCUAUGACCAGUUUGUCUACAACACCACCAUGCUCACAGAUUACGGCGUGGAGGCUCUUGUCGAGGCUUUCUCCAGACAGCAAGCUGGGCAGAUUGGAGGGGGGAGGAAUGUCCACAGUCAGCUUCUGAAUGUGGCCAUUGGGGUCAUUGAGGAAUCACGCCUGCUGCGCCUCCAGCCCUUCAAUGAAUACCGGAAGAGAUUUGGCAUGCAGCCCUACAUGUCCUUCCAAGAACUCACAGGGGAAGAGGAGAUGGCAGCUGAGCUGGAAGAGGUAUAUGGAGACAUAGAUGCCUUGGAAUUCUACCCUGGCUUGCUGGUGGAGAAGAGGCAACCCAAUGCCAUUUUUGGUGAGAGCAUGGUGGAGAUCGGGGCCCCCUUCUCCUUGAAAGGGCUCUUGGGGAAUCCUGUCUGCUCUCCUGAGUACUGGAAGCCCAGCACAUUUGGCGGUGCCACUGGCUUUGAGAUGGUGAACACAGCAUCACUUCAGAAACUUGUAUGUCUGAAUGUGAAGAAGUGCCCGUAUGUGGCUUUCCGGGUACCAGAAAGUGACAUGGAGGAAAUGGCAGCAGGCAGCAGCUCUGGGGAGAAGCAGCCAUCUUCUGAGCUUUAGAACUGGACUUGGCAGCUGAUCACCAGCCAGCCAGCAAGUUUUGAUCACUUUUGAUAGCAAAGGGCACCCAUGUAUGAUGGUUGGCAGGCUGGCAAAGAAAUAAAAGGGCACUGUGCCCCUCCUCCCUAUCAUCAUGCUCCCCUGUAGCAGAAUAAAAGGACCACUUAUAGUUGGGGAAGCAUCCAAGGAGGAGGCUGUGAUGUUUUUGAGAAAUGAAAGCCCACUAGGAUUCAUCUCCAGCAGAAAAGUCCCUGCUCCCCCCUCACCUCCUUGAACCCUCCUCUCCUUCAUGCACUAAGCUACUCUCAAGCCCUCCAUUGCAGGAGGAAUGUCGCUGUACACCAUUGUCCCCCAAAUACUUGGAAUUCUGUUCUCUGGAGUUGUGUUGAUAGUUAGAAUUCCCAGAAACUGCUUCUGCCUUUUUAAACUUGUCAUGUAGACAAUCCCUAGAAGCCAAAGCUUGUGAGAUCCAAGGGGGAGGAAGACUUUCUGGAAUGCCUCCAGUUUAUGUAUUUUUGCUGCAAGGAGGGUUGAAAAGAGAGGGAGACAACAUCUGAUAGUGGGAAUCAAAGUGGGAUGGAGAGUGUGACUUUUGUGGGGGGGCAGGGGGAGAAAGAUCUGUACUUUGUUUAAUCCAAUGGAGCCAAUGGAAAGGGCUGGAGUUGGCCUCUAACUGCAGUUGUAAUAAUUUUGUCAGUAGCCACGUGCUGGACACACAGCAAAUGCUCUCACAAAUGCUCCUUGGUUCACCAAGCUCAUUUUUUCUUCUAAUUUUCAUUGUUCUCUUUAUUAUAAUCAAGUAUGCAUUUGUUUUCUUUAUUCCACUUGCUUCAAUGCAAAGCACAUUUCCAGCUGUUGCUUUCCCCCUGCGCCAACCAACUGCGAUGAAAUUCUCAGGGACUCUGUCCUUGCCAAUGGGAUCCUUCCUGCUAGAUUUCAGGAAAAUUAGACAUGUUUUUAUAAGCAAUCAAAUUCUCACCUACGGAGCAGAUUAAGAUGUUGAAGCAACCUGGUGUAGCUGCUCACAAGCAGAAACAUGGUGGGGUGGAUGUCUAUAUUUAAAUAAAGAGGAAGUGCAUGAGUGAGAAAAACUAAAUCCUGUUUAAAAGAAGCACUGGUGCUUGAAGCAUUUUUCACCAGUCUAAUCUUCAACACCGAUCAGUUUUCCAUCCUACUUAGUGGCAAGAUCAAUAUAACAGUGCUCACUGGAGAACAUCUGUGUCACUAUCCUCAUUAUUCACCCUCUGACCUUCUUGAACUCUUAGCCAGAGAACCAAGGGUCAGAGUAACAGGUAGAUCCAAAUGUUUCUAACUAUCACCCACCACUGUCGUUAAUAUUUUAAUUCAGGUUAGUUAUAAUAAAGUUAUAGUCAAAUUAGUUAUAUUGAAGAUGAGGGAGUGUUCCAUUAAGGUUUAGAUAAGGAACAUGCAACCAAACAAUUACUAGUCUGCGUGGCUCCACCACUCAAGCCCCCUCCCCCACACAUUUAAGUUUUGAGACUGAAUCUUAACUUCUACCAGUUAUGGGCUUUGUCAUUCAGCCUGGUCACAACAGUAGGUGCAUCAUGGCAAAAAAUGUGUUGAGAAGGGAAUCCUGGAAAAGACAGAACCCCAGGAACAGAAGCAGCCACAUGUGAAGCUGCUGAGAUCAUCAGAACUUACGUCCAUUGUAACUCAGUUACUAUCUCCUUGCAAAAGGCCUUAAAUUCUACCCCUGGAGAUGCCAGGACCUAAAUCUUGAACCUCUGCUAUGCAAAACAUAUGCUCCACUAUUGAGCCAUGACUAUCAGUCCUUUGACUCAGCUAGCUGAAUAUUGUCUCCAUUGAUGGACAGAAGCUCUGCAAGGUCAGACAAAGAAAGGUCCUUCCCAACCCUUGCCAUCUGAGAUCUAUUAGCUGGAGAUACCAGGGAUUGAACCCUGGACUUUCUGCAUGCAGAAUAGGUGCUUCUCAACUGAGCUAUGGACCCUCUCCAAAGAGGACAUAAUGUAGUUGGUAAAGCUACAGGAAAGGCAGAGCAUGGUAUAGUGAUGGGGAACAAACCUCGCUUUGAGGAAGAUAUGAUAGCAUGAAUAUUUUAUGUACCCUGGAAUCUUCAUGGCUUCAUUUGUGGUCAACAGGCUAUUCCUUGACAGAGAAAUGUAGCUGGAUCCUUUCCCUGAGUCUCCAAACAAAAAGUGACAUUAUUCACCACAGGUGUAUUGUCCUCUCUGUGUUUUAGCGUGGUCACAAAAAUGUCCAUGAUCCUCCAGAGGGAGGUGCAGAUCAGUCAGAUUGAUACAGAGGGCUACAACCUGGGUUUUAUCUUGAGAUUUGUUCUCCCCCAUGUUCACAUCCUGGCUAUGCUACUGUAACACUAUGUGUGGCUGCCUUGGAAGAUUGUUUGGAAAUUCCAAAUGCUACAAUAAGUGGCAACAGUGCAUUACAGUGUAGAGAAAGCAUUGUAUCAGUUUUAACAGAACUGCUUUACUGCUUGUUUGCAUGUAGGCCUAAUUUAAACUGUUCUAUGUCCUAACCAAUCUGCAACCAGAGCACUUGAAGGAUCUCUGCUCUCACAUGAACCUGCCCAUCAAUUAAGAUCAAACAUCAGAGGACUGUGCAUAAGGCUGGACAGCAACCACAGGCUGUGCCUUCUCCGUGGUGGCACCUUGACAAUGAAAAACCCUGAAGUUGCCUGAUGUCUGGCCUUUUGUGCCUUAAGAACCAGAUGAAAAACCUCUUUGUUUUCCCCAGCUUUCUGCUAACAGCACUGUCAAUUCUGUUUUGUUUGGGUUUCAUGUUUAGACUUGUUGAAACGUUUUCAAGCACCCUGCUGAAGUUUUUUCACUCUGCUUUUUCAUGCUGCUAUUUUUGUUCUGCUGUAUCACUGUUUGUACUGAUUUUUAUUAGUGUAAUUAGUUUUAUAACAAAUGUUUAUGAUUUUUUCUUUUAAAUCUUAUAAGCCAAUUCAGGCAUAUUUUAGAGCACAAUUUUUUAAAAAAUCCAAAUAAAUAGCUAUUUUUAUAUAGCUGAUUGAA